AUGUCGUCCCCAAUGGAAGCACUAGAUGACGCGACCGUUCCGCCCCAGCUCCAAGAAAUGGUCGACGACCAAGAGAUUCCGGAGGAGACUGAAGACGACGCCCUGAUCUUCGACACGUCCCAUGACCCUACCCUCUCCUCCCUCCGCGAAAUCUCCUCCCUAGCCUCCUGGACAGUCUCGAGUCACAAGCCCACCUGUGGCGCUACAGCCCUCCUUUCUCCUACCCCGCACGCAUUCUGGCAGUCUGACGGCCCCCAGCCCCACCAUUUGACCCUCCACUUCUUCAAACUCGUCAAAAUUGUAAAAUUGCGCCUCUACCUGGACUUUGCCCUUGACGAGAGUUACACGCCCACAAAGCUGGACUUCUGGGCGGGCUGGAGCAGUGGGUAUGGCUUGGUGCAGUUCGCGGAGUGGAGCGGUGCCGAACCAAGGGGGUGGCAGGAUAUUGAUUUACUGGGGUGUGGGGUGGGUGGGAAAGAAGAGAUCAGGUGUAUGGUGCUGCAGGUCAGGGUCAUGGAGAAUCAUCAGAAUGGGAAGGAUACGCAUUUGAGGGGUCUGCAGGUCUUUAGUGUUGAUGAGAGAGUGGGAGGGAAGGAGAAGAUGGGGAUGACAAAGGUAGAGGAAAGAGCGAGGGACAAGAUCAACGGGAUAGCGACAGUAGAGCCAGAGGAGGUCUCGGAUGAUGAUGGAGAGGGUAUGGAGCAAAUUGGUAUACUGGAUGCGGGCUGGAUCGGCGAGGUUGAAUUAAAAUGA